CGCUCAGCCAUUGUGGUCUCGUAAUCGCGUGCUUUUCGCGAUGUGAUAUGUCAUUAAUGAGAUCGAAUUGGUUAGGGUUCAGAGAGAUUGACUGUGGUCCAGUGUUCACCACCCCGAACCGCUCGCGAUGUCAGAGGAAGUCGUGGUUUCUCACUGCCGGUGUGAGAUAUACUCCGGCCUCCAGAAGCAGUGUGUCAUACAUUGUGCUCGAGGCGUCUGAGCAUGCACUUCCUCCUAUUUAGUGACGGGCAACCCGAUGACAAGCUCAAAAUUCCUGACUCGUUUGAAAUGCCUCCACUCAUCCGGCCAAUUGUACACACUACAAAUUUCACGCUUGACGCUUCUGGCGUCGCCGGUUUCUUUGGUGCCGAGGAAGCUAUCGCUGCCAUGACCACUGUACAUUUGUACAGGGGGCGGAGAUGGCUCGGUUGGUACAACUCUCCCGGCAGUUAUAAUAUAGCCAAGGAGUUCGGCAGGAUAUCCAGUUCAAGAUUAUGGGAUGGCCUUUUUCCUGGGCCCAACGAUGAUCCAGCCGUUGCAUUCAAGCUGGACGUGAAGACUGGCCCAAAAUAUGUCGCGCCACGCUCGGGAACUGUCAUACAGCAGACUGGUCAUCUUGCGUAUCUCCUAACGCAGGAGACGAAUGAUUUAAAACCACACCCACUUCCUCACACCAGAGAGACAUCAGUUUCACGAGUCUCUGUCGUCACGGUCCCUGAAAUCACUUAUGAGACCCUUCAUGUCCAAACCAUGAGCAUCCACCACGCCGUCCUCGCCAGUUUCCCCAUCCUCGUCAGCCUCACCGCAUGCAUCCUUUCCGCCUUAGUCGCCGACUGGUACUGCUCUGCGAUGAUCCUCCUCGGGAUCAUCGCCAACGGUGUCACAUGUUUCGUCAUUGGCUCCGGAGACCUCAAGAUUGAUACGGUCACGAAGCCAGCGCAGGGCUCCCCUCCAGGAGACGGGAUGCUCUUGACGCAUAAUGGGGUCAUCAUCUUGAAGGGAAUGGAGAAGAAUGUGAAUGCGAUCACGAAGGGGAAAUUUUCACUGGAGCUUAAGGGAAACCCAGAAUACCGAGCUGUUGGGCUUUGCUCGCUGCUCCUCAAAGUGCAAUUUCUACUGCAGCUCCUCCUCAUUCCCCAAGGAUCGCUGUUUGGUCAGGUCAUGUUCCUGACCUCAAUUGUCGCAUCUUGGGCGUACAAUUCCUUCCUCGCGUCCCUGGAGAAAGAGAAAAUACAACGGAAACUGUUUUGCGACAGUAUCAAACUUGACCCGGAAGCCAUGCACAGUUAUCAGCUUGGCACUCGAACCAGCAUGGCUGCAUUUGCAUGCUUCGUUCUUUGCGAAGGUCUUGACAGACCUCUCGAAGGCAUCGAGCCGAUGAAAAUUCUGCUGGAGUUUUUGCCAAACGAGACGCCAGUGUGGCAGAAGUGGAGGCAGCACGUAGUAGCUGAGGUUGAGAAAGAAGAGGGCGAGAUGAGUAUCCCUGAAGAUGUUGAUGUGGCGGGGCUUAGUGGCAGUGAGCAAGCACUUUUGAAGACUCUUCUGCAGGACGCAGAUGAUGCGUUAAAAGGGUAUAAGGAGACCCGUGACCGGCGAUGCUCGCCGAGCCUUGCCAAUGGGACGAUACCAUAAGGAUACUACACUCGUUUAUCAGCUGUCUGGAAUAGGGAACCAUGCCAUUUAAUUUUUUACGAAUAGGUUUUGCAUAUAGUAGUCCAUGCAGUCACAUCGUAGUAGUAGAAAGGCGCGGCACAACGUACGCUGGCGUUAUUUUCUUCGACGUGCCACUGGCCCAGCACGCAGCCUAUGCAACCAAGCAGGAUGUCGGCGAGCCUCCUGGGAGGUCCGAGGACAUAAGGUGAAGAUUUUGAAUGUGGUUGGAUGCAUCAUGAUGACGAUAGUAAGAAGAGAAUGCUUGAUUUCAAUCAGUUUUCUUCGCUGUGCUGCUUAUAAUAACAUCAUGAUCGGAGCCAUUUGAGCGUCAUGGAAAAAAGUGAAGACCGUGAGUAGGCAAGGUAGCGACAGCGGGGCUUCGAACAAGGUGGGCAUCUGUAAUAUCACUGUCA